GUGAUAUUUGGUUAAAAACAAAUUAAGAAUUUACUGAUAAAUAACUCGGAAAAGUACGCACUGUGCACCUUUUGUGAUUCAAAAGUUAUCAGUGCUUUGUAACUGCAAUAGUUCGGUAGUUGCUUUCGUUAGUUCGUAUCCACUACUUAUAUGCAGAUGGCCAUACAACAGGGCACUGGGCCACUAAAAUCUUUGCUGCGUGUAAUUCUCUGCAACCAACUUCCAGCUGUCGCUAACUUCCGGUCGUUCAGAAUGACUGCCCGGCAGCGUUCAGAAAAGGUCCUGGAGCAACUGAAGGAAUCAAAUCCCUAUUUCGAUAAGUAUGCGAGUAAAAUAGCGGCUGUCCAGCAAAGUUCACCGGAGGAAUUUUUAGCGCGACUUGAAAAUGUGGAGAAGAAGGCUAAACCGAAAUUUAGUGCCGCGGAACCAACUCGCGAUUAUUCGGAGCUGUUAAACCCGAAAGCUCCUCUCAAUGCAAAAGAUUCGCAACAAACAGGUGCAAUACAGAAAAAAUUAAGUGACAUUAUGAAGAUGGAAUUAGUACAGGAACGUAGCGCUGAUGAAAUUAAAGAAAUUUGGCUGAAGUAUCACGCAGGAAAGGAAGUAAUUUCGGCAGCUAUUCCAGUAGAACAGUAUGAUAUAAUGAUGGAACGUGCAAAAAAGUAUCCUAUCUUUAUCCUCCCGAUUCCCAGAAGCCAGGGUUAUGAGUUUAUUAUGUUGCAGUUUUUCGCUAAUACGGUGCACUUCACUCCACUGAUCAACUAUCAGGUUCACAAGGAAAACGCACCGGAAUGCUUGAACGUAGCUAUGUACACAGAGCUUCGUGAUAAAGGGUUGAUCCUGAUGCGAGGGGAAUAUGAUUCAAAAGUCAUUUCCGGACAAGAAGCGCAAUGUCUAGCUAAUCAGCUUCAGCUUUAUUACAGCCAGCAGAGCAAGAGUAAGCUAGCACAGUUGGAGAGAUUCACGAAUGAACCAGAAAAAUUCAAGCACAUGGAUAUUAUCGAAGAGUUGAAUAACCUCAAGAUGGGAGGGUAAGUGUUCUAUCUCUAGUACCACAACAAACUAGCAAGGAAAUAAAAAGUAAACAACGUAUCCAUUUUAUUAUUUAUUGCUACUGCCAACGCAAGUGGCGGCCUUGUCCAACCAAACAACUGAUUUUUAGUGUUUUUAGAUAGAACAGCAUCUUACUUUACGCGUGCCAUCCCAAAUUUUUGGCGCACGAUUUUAUAAGGAGUGUUGUUUGAACUUAGCCGGUUUAUUAUGGACUUUAUAUUAAUUUUCACUCUUUUACUAUGUGACA